CUUUGUGGUUUUGCAUCUUAAUUAUACAUCUCUAUUGCUGCUUUUAAUAUUAGUGAUAAAGAGUAGUUCUUGUUUGAAGAAAGAUGAAACGGUAAUGCUAAAAAAUAAAGAGGGCUUGGAAGUUAACGUUUCUUAAAAGUCUAGGACUUGGGAAGGUCGGUGAGUUGGUGCAGAGUUUGUCUCGGCACGCGUGGCCGCGCUGGGAUGGAGUCCUCCUCGUCUUCCUCCGCAGCGGGUUUGGGCUCGGUCGACCCGCAGCUGCAGCAUUUCAUCGAGGUAGAGACUCAGAAGCAGCGCUUCCAGCAGCUGGUGCACCAGAUGACGGAACUUUGUUGGGAAAAGUGCAUGGACAAGCCUGGGCCAAAGUUGGACAGUCGGGCUGAGGCCUGUUUUGUGAACUGCGCUGAGCGCUUCAUUGAUACAAGCCAAUUCAUCUUGAAUCGACUGGAACAGACCCAGAAAUCCAAGCCAGUCUUCUCAGAAAGCCUUUCUGACUGACCUGAGUAUUACCUCUUUGGAAAAGGAAGGUAGUUCAAGAAAUGAAGAGCAGUUGAUGGGAUGGUUGAAGAAAAGGCUGUGGGGGGAUCGGCUCCCACCUUUGUCACUCUUGGGACAUCCUGUCAUCUGAGAAUGAACAAAGACCAAUUUUUGUGUGUGGGGGUGGUUUGAGGGUCAAAUGUGUUUGGGGUUGUGUUUUUUAAUGCUAAUCUUGGGAAAACAAUUGACAGAUGAAUGGAAAACUCUACGAGAUGUAUAUUACUGUAUGUGGGACGAUGCUUUCCUCAUAGUCCCAUUAACUGCUUCCUACAAUUUUAAUAGUGGAACUGCUCUAUAGUUUGAUAGUGGGACCACAUAGGUAAUAAUCUGUUAUUUGUUGGAUUCCUUUCAGAUUUCUGGAGAGAUCGAUAUACAUCUUUGUGUCUCUCAGAAAGGGCAGCAGUGGGGGAAAGAGUAAUUUGGUACUUUCCUGUAGGCCUCCUUAUCUAAUGUUUGAUUAUCAGUGCUAGAAAAAAAAUGUAUGGAUUAUUCAUACAGUACAUUUCACCUUUCUAGGUUAUCUCCCUCCCUUAUACUGUGAUUCACUUAAAUAUCUGUAUGUAAAGUACAGUCUUGAGCUAGUACAGGUAGCCUGAGAGUCUAGAGGCCUUUAGUUAAAGGAAUCUAGCCAGCGAACAUAAUUCUCAUACUAAACUGCCACAAGGAACAAGUUAACUUACCCUGUAUGUCAGAGUCCAAAAAAAUUUAAAGAUGUGCCUAAAUGAAAAAAUAAGUUAUAAAGAUUUAGGCCAGUCAAAAACUAACAGCAGUUUCAGGUAGAGGUGCACGCCUAAUGUAAAUCAGCAUAGUUUCCAUUUACUGCGUUCUUUUAAUCACUGAAAUAAAAGCUGCUACAAGAAAAAAAAAAAAAGUCUAGGACUUGUACUCUUUCUAGUAAAUGGCAAUGCAUUGUGGCU